GGCAUCAGUCUCUUGGUGUUCGCUGAGAUAGCAUCUACGUGUAAAAUCAUCCUCACUCACCAUGAAGCUGCUCAUCGUUCUCUGUCUGGCGGCUGUGGCCUGUGCCCAGUCGGACAAAGAGGCUCAGAUUCUGAACCAGGAGUUCCAGAUCAACGAGGAUGGCUCCUACGAUGCGGCGUACGAAACUUCCAAUGGCAUUCAGGCCAUUGAAAAUGGCAUCUCCUACCCUGGCAACGAGCCCGAGUCUGGCAACUACGUGAGGACGGGCAGCUACAGCUACGAGUGGGAGGGCGUCACCUACACCGUCACCUGGCAGGCCGACGAGAACGGCUACUUCGCCGAGGGAGACCACAUCCCCAAGAAAUAGAAAAUGACUAGGAAGAGUUCGUGAUCAUGACAUUCUUUCACCCUCCCUCAUUCGGACCCUACCUGCAAUGUUCGUGUGUUAUGUUGACAAAAUCAAUCGCAGUGGUAAUUUCAUCAGUCAUGUCAUCGGUUGUCAUCGAUGCAAUGCAUUGUCAUACUGUGUGUCGCUUCAACUUCAUUCGUGCUGUAAAAUAAAUGUGAUUUAUAUUA